CUUGCCAUGUGCACACAACUUUCAUUUUUUUGUUACGUGCACUCUUUAAAUUCAACUCUCUUUGUUAGACUCUUUUAAAUUCUUGGGCUGAAUAUUUUCUCUACUUGAAACAUGGCCUUCUCUUCUUGUCUUUGCCACUUUUCAAUUCCACACAAGCUGCAGAGGAACCAAACUGCCCCUUUUGGUCAUGGAUCAAAUAGCUCUGUUCUUUCAAGGCAACAAUAUUUUCUUGAAGGAUCAAGAGUCAUUACAAGUCCAAAUCUUCCAAAAACUCUUUUGCAAAGAAGGAGCUCAAGGGUGUCUGCUUCAUGGUUAGCAAGUUGUGAAGUUGUUAAAAGUGUAUUCCCAUUGGGAACAAUUGCAGUUCUUCCCUUUUAUGUCUUUAUGGUUGUGGCACCUAAAGCAAAACUUACCCAAAAAAUGAUGGAAAGCAACAUUCCUUAUAUUGUGUUUGGACUUUUGUAUUCAUAUCUCUUAUACCUUUCUUGGACACCAGAUACAUUACAACUAUUAUUUCCUUCUAAUACAUCUUGGAUUCCAGAGUUGGCUGGUAUAGCUAAGAUGUUUUCCAGGGAGAUUACAUUAGCAUCUGCAUGGAUUCACCUCUUGAUUAUAGAUCUUUUUGCUGCUAGGCAAGUUUAUCAUGAUGGAUUGCAGAAUGAUAUAGAAACACGACAUUCUAUUCCAAUGAUAUUAUUGUGUUGUCCCAUUGGACUUGUUACUCAUCUUGUCACCAAAAAGCUCUAUUCAUUAAGGGAGAGUUACCUUGUACUUGUUAUUAUUGGGAGGUGGCAAAUAUUCCAUGGAAUUAGUUAAGGUGCGCAACAACUAAUCCAAUGAGAGAUAACAUAUAUCCCAUGAAAUUAGUCGAGGUAUGCAGAAACUAGCCCAGAUUCACCACAGGUAGGGUUUGAGAGCAGUGUGAUGGGUGACUAUCCACGGUUCGAAAAACACUUUUAGUAGGAAGCGACUCUUCCAACGGCAAAAUCACCAUUGACUCUAUUUAUUAUUAUGGUAUAUCAGUGUAUCAAAAUGUCAAUAUAAAAUCUUAUUUUUAUUUCAUACGUCCUCCUAUGAGAUUCACGAUAAUCCAAAAAAGGAUUUUAAUAAAAAAAUAAAAAUAGAAAGAGAUAUAUAUUGCCAACUCAUUUAAUAAAGUAAUGAUAGGAUUGAGAUAAAUAUAAGUCCUACAAAUAUGGAAUGAAAGUAAUAGGCAUUGUAUAUAAAUAAGGAGUUCUUUUUUAUUGUUAAAAGGAAAUUAGGCAUUUGCCAUAAUUGUAGGAAGAUAGAAAAAUACUAAUUAGUUGUUUGUUUAUCAAAAGUGUAUAAUGGGGCUUUGCCGUUCCCUUGAUGCUGACUGAAAUUGGGUUACAGCCACAUUUUAUCCGAUGGGUUCACUUAUUUGCCCCAAACCUCGUCGGCUUGGGAAUAUCAAUACCCAUUCUAACUGCCAACCUUUAAG